ACAGCCUGAUGCCCUCAGACCAGAGUCAGAUCCUCCAUCACCACCACCACCACCCCACCGCUCUGAUGAGUCAGCCUCCAUCAAAUUAUUGUUUCUACCAAUCAUAUAUCAGUUUCAGUCCUUAUUCACACACACCCCACUGAUCUUCUUUGUCUUUGCCUUCCUUUAAAAUCAAAAAAUUUCUUCUGAAAAUUAAAGAUCUAAAAAAUAGGAGAUGAAGAAAUCAUCAUUGGCUGGUUCAAAUUCAAGACCAGCAUCAGUAUUACCACAUAAAACCCAGAACCUUAGAGAAAUCUAUUUGAUUGGUAAAAAGCUAGGUCAGGGUCAAUUUGGUACAACCUAUCUAUGUACUGAGAAAUCAAGUGGUAGUGAAUAUGCUUGUAAAUCAAUCCCAAAGAGGAAAUUAAUAUGUAAAGAGGAUUAUGAUGAUGUGUGGAGAGAGAUCCAGAUAAUGCAUCAUUUAUCUGAACAUAGUAAUGUUGUAAGAAUUAAAGGGGCUUAUGAAGAUUCUGUUUUUGUUCAUAUUGUUAUGGAAUUAUGUGCUGGGGGUGAAUUGUUUGAUAGGAUUGUAAGUAAAGGACAUUAUACUGAAAGGAAAGCUGCUGGUUUGUUGAAAACUAUUGUGGGUGUUGUUGAAGCUUGUCAUUCUCUUGGUGUUAUGCAUAGAGAUCUUAAACCUGAGAAUUUCUUGUUCUCUAAUACUGAUGAAGAUGCUUCUCUUAAAGCUACUGAUUUUGGUUUAUCUGUCUUUUAUAGACCAGGGGACAGUUUUAAUGAUGUUGUUGGAAGUCCCUAUUAUGUUGCACCUGAGGUGUUGCGCAAGUGUUAUGGACCUGAAGCAGACGUAUGGAGUGCUGGAGUUAUAUUGUACAUCUUAUUAAGUGGUGUUCCACCUUUUUGGGCAGAAACUGAGACGGGGAUCUUCAGACAGAUUUUACAAGGAAAGCUAGACUUUGAAUCUGAACCAUGGCCUGGAAUCUCUGAAAGUGCCAAAGAUCUUAUACAAAAAAUGCUUGAAAGGAACCCGAAGAAGCGAUUGACAGCUCAUGAAGUACUAUGUCACCCGUGGAUUGUGGAUGAACAUGUUGCACCUGACAAACCCCUGGACUCUGCUGUUUUAUCACGUUUGAAGCAAUUUACUGCUAUGAAUAAACUGAAGAAGAUGGCAUUGCGUGUAAUAGCAGAAAGUCUAUCGGAGGAAGAAAUUGGCGGUCUGAAAGAGUUGUUUAAAAUGAUUGACACUGAUAACAGUGGGACAAUAACUUUUGAUGAGCUGAAAGAAGGCCUGAGAAAAGUGGGCUCCGAACUCAUGGAACCUGAGAUCAAGGCACUUAUGGAGGCAGCUGAUGUCGACAACAGUGGAACCAUAGAUUAUGGUGAAUUUCUUGCUGCCACUGUGCACAUAAACAAGAUGGAGAGAGAGGAAAACCUAGUGUCCGCCUUUGCUUUCUUUGACAAGGAUGGUAGUGGUUACAUUACCAUCGACGAACUUCAACAAGCUUGUGGUCAGUUUGGUCUAAGUGAUAUACACCUAGAUGACAUGAUCAGAGAAAUCGAUCAAGACAAUGAUGGUCAGAUUGAUUACAGCGAGUUUGCUGCUAUGAUGAGAAGAGGUAAUGGAGGAGUCGGAAGAAGAACAAUGAGAACCAAUCUGAACUUUGACUUGGGUGACGCAUUAACAGGAAAUGACUCUUGAUAGUAUACUGUAGGCUCUCAUCUGGAAAGGUGUUUAGCUGCAUUCAAUCUCUUAUUUCUUUUUGUAAUGAGGGAGAACUGUUGAUCAUUCAUGAAGUGUAUUAGGCAUUGAGCGAAUAUUUGAUCUUCAUAACGUAGUCCAGUUUCUCACCAUACAGUUUAUACUUCUCCUUCAUUUGAAAUUUAAGAAUUUUGGAGAAUUAUGUAAAGGAGAUUAUUUUUUUUGUACUCGUAUUUUUCUUUUUCAGAUAAACAAGUAUUAGCUUCUU